UAUCAGCAUUAAGCCAUUAGCCAUCCCAGUCCCCAACCCUUCCCAAAGAAGAUGGCGCCAAAACCCCUUACAUUUCCGGGAAUUUUCUCGGCACUUCUCGCCUUCUCUUUUUCUUUGCUCCUCUUUUGUCAUCCGAUCAUAGGCGGCCACAAUUACCACGACGCUCUCCGCAAGAGCAUUCUCUUUUUCGAAGGCCAACGAUCAGGCAGACUUCCCCCUGACCAACGCGUCAAAUGGCGCCGCGACUCUGCAUUGCACGACGGCUCCACCGCCGGUGUGGACUUAACGGGAGGUUACUACGACGCCGGAGACAACGUGAAGUUCGGGUUCCCAAUGGCAUUCACGACGACUUUAUUAGCUUGGAGUAUCAUAGAUUUCGGGAGGAACAUGGGGCCGGAGUUAAAGAACACCGUUAAAGCAGUGAAAUGGUCGACGGAUUAUCUGUUGAAAGCAACGGAAAAGCCUGGAGUGGUGUACGUACAAGUGGGAGACGCCUAUUCUGAUCAUAGCUGCUGGGAAAGGCCGGAGGACAUGGAUACUUUACGUACGGUGUACAAAAUCGAUAAUGCGCAUCCUGGUUCGGACGUCGCAGGUGAAACCGCCGCCGCAUUGGCUGCUGCUUCCAUUGUGUUCAGGAAACGAGACCCUGCAUACUCCAGGUUGCUCCUCAAUCGAGCCAUUAGGGUGUUCAAUUUUGCUGACAAGCACCGAGGUGCAUAUAGUAGCAGCCUGCACUCUGCAGUCUGUCCUUUUUACUGCGAUGUCAAUGGUUACCAGGACGAGUUGCUUUGGGGAGCCGCUUGGCUGCACAAGGCCUCAAGGAAGCGCGUAUAUAGAGAGUACAUAGUGAAAAACGAGGUUGUCUUGAGAGCUGGAGAUACCAUCAAUGAGUUUGGUUGGGAUAACAAGCAUGCUGGGAUUAACGUCCUCAUUUCCAAGGAAGUGCUGAUGGGAAAAGCUGACUAUUUCGAGUCUUUCAAGCAAAAUGCUGAUGGCUUUAUUUGUUCUUUACUGCCUGGAAUUUCCCAUCCUCAAGUUCAGUACUCUCCCGGUGGACUGAUGUUCAAAACUGGAGGGAGUAACAUGCAGCAUGUAACGUCGUUGUCUUUCCUUCUUUUAGCCUAUUCAAAUUACCUAAGCCAUGCUAACAAGGUAGUUCCAUGUGGUGAAUCAUCAGCCUCCCCUGCCCUUCUCAAACACUUGGCCAAACGCCAGGUAGACUACAUUCUGGGGGAUAAUCCUUUAGGGAUGUCCUACAUGGUUGGGUAUGGUGCACGAUUUCCUCGGAGGAUUCAUCACAGGGGCAGCUCACUGCCAUCGGUCGCGGCCCACCCGGCUCGCAUCGGUUGCAAAGCGGGGACUCGCUAUUAUCUAAGCCCAAACCCCAACCCCAAUUUACUAGUGGGAGCAGUAGUGGGUGGGCCUAAUGUGUCGGAUGCCUUUCCAGAUUCAAGGCCUUAUUUUCAAGAGUCGGAGCCCACAACCUACAUCAAUGCGCCACUUGUUGGUCUCCUUGCAUUCUUUUCAGCCCACCCUUGAUUUUCCGCAUAUAGAGUCAUUGUAUUCAGUGAUUUAUUAUUAUCGUCAUUGUGGAAUCAAACGAUUCCCAAUUGAAAGCUACACAAAAAAGUGAGCGCCUUUUUAUCUUUGUUGGGCUAAGUUUUAAGAUUUAUGCCAUUACCCAAAGCACCCAUUUCUCCUAUUGCUAACAAUUUUGUACUCAAGUUCUAGUUAUUGCCUUACAUAUAUAUAAAUUCUAUCUUCAAACA